AGUAUACUUCCUGUUAAAGAGUUUUGCGGGAACUUUGUAGGGGUUAGCAUUUGAUUUGGACAUUCAUAAUAUCCUCUAUAUUGAGAUGCCUCCCAAGGCCAAGUCAGCUGGAAAGGGAAAACGGCCAGCUAAAAGGAAACUGGCAGAGGAAUUCCCACCUGGAGAAGUGCUGACAGACACCGGAAAGAAAAGCUGGAAAAUCGGGGCCCCAGUUGGCCAGGGAGGUUUUGGCCUCUUGUAUCUCGCAAGUGAUGAAACCUCAAAAGCUGUUGGAGCUGAUGCACCAUAUGUUAUCAAAGUGGAGCCGAGCGACAAUGGCCCUCUCUUCUCCGAGCUGAAGUUUUACAUGCGAGCCGCCAAACCCGAUCUAAUUGGAGCGUGGAUAAAAUCGCGGAAACUGAAGUACCUAGGGGUUCCGAAAUAUUGGGGCUCAGGACUUCAUGAAAGAGGGGGAAAGAGGUACAGGUUCAUGGUCAUGGACAGGUUUGGAACUGAUCUUCAAAAGAAGUUUGAAGAAGGAGGCAGAAGAUUUCCCAGGAAAUUAGUUCUUCAGCUUGGCACGAAACUCCUUGACAUUCUAGAGUACAUCCAUGAACAUGAAUAUGUACAUGCUGACAUUAAAGCCUCCAACCUACUCCUUUCCUACAAGAACCCCAAUCAGGUUUACUUAGUGGAUUAUGGACUGGCCUAUAGAUACCUGCCUGAUGGUGUUCCAAAGGAAUACAAAGAGGACCCGAAGAGAUGUCAUGACGGGACCAUCGAGUUCACCAGCAUUGACGCCCACAAUGGAGUUUCUCCCUCAAGAAGAGGGGACCUUGAAAUCAUGGGCUACUGCAUGAUCCAGUGGCUGUGUGGCCGCCUGCCCUGGGAGGACAAGCUCCAGGACCCGCUUUACGUCAAGGACGCCAAAUUAAGAUGCCGUGAAAGUAUCAGAGAUUUCAUGAAGAGCUGUUUCGCCCCAGAAAGUGAAGCAGUGGAAAUGACAAAGUUCAUGGAGGAAGUGAAGUCACUGGGCUACACAGACAAGCCCGACUACCAGAAACUGCGAAGCAUUUUGCAGCAGGGCCUGAAGGCCGUGGGCGGUGACGGCGACAGGCUGGACUUCUUGCCGGCAGGCAGCGGGGUGGGCGAGAGCCACGCAAAGACUCCUAAGCGAAAGAAAGUGCCAGAAAAGGCACCAUCUAAUGAGGAAAUAGAUGGCUCCCCUGUGAAGAAGAGUCGGCCUCCGCAGAAGAAAGAACUGAACGGCGCGAGGAAGACCUCUGUGAAGAAGGCCAGCCUGAAGAAUCGCUUGUUGGAUACGGGUACUCAGACGUCCCCUGCAGCUGGAGUCAAGAGAGGUCGCGGCAGACCCAAGAAGAGCGCAUAACUCUUCUUUUAAACAAGGGCAACUUUUUUCCUCUUUUUUAAACAUUUUUUUUUCUUUCUAUGGUCUGUAUUUGUUCAUGGCUGUACGUUUUUUUUUUUUCGUUUUUUUUUUUUUUCUUUUAAACUUUUGCAGGAUGUUGGGCACAUUGUCUGUAAAAUAAUAAAUAGCAUGCACACACA